CAUCUGCUAAAUGAAUGUAAUGUAAUGUAAUGUAAUGUAAUGUAAGGUGAGUUGUCAAUGUCCUGACAAAGAACUCCAGGCAUCAGCAUAUUAUCUAUUUUAUGGCUUUGUGUGUAAAUAACAGUAUUUGGAAGCAGUAGGAUGAUGUGCAGACUCUACAGCUUCUUUAUUCUUGGUGAAGCGUGCCCCAAACAUGUGAUAAGAGAGUGAAGCACCUAAACACAGCUGCAUGCCUCAGUCUUUCUUCAGUGUUAAAGAGCUGCAGGGUGAAUCUCAUCUUCAUCAGAGACUCACCAGUGAUCAUAAAGGAAGGAGAAAUACAUCAACAAACAGAAACUGUGAGCCCGAAUUCUCAGCAAUGGCACAACCCCAGCAUGAUGAAAUCCACAUGGAGGAAGAAGAUACAGAAACACAACUGGCUGUGGACAGGAAUCGGACAGACAGAGUAGUGACAGUCAUGGGAAGGAUGGGAUUGGGACUGGUGCUGGGAGCAGCUGGAGGGUAUCCUCUUGGCACCUCAAUGUCAGCAACAGAGGAGGCAAUAGAAUCCUUGAUGACAAACACACUGAUCACAAACAAAACAGAACUGGCAGAAAUGGACGAUAUGGCAGUGUUGGUUAAAUUGGUUGGGUUUCACACAGGGAUUAUUUUAGGAUUGGCAUCAUCAGUCAUUGGAAUAGCUUUUGGAAAAGCAGCAGUGUCUGCAGUACUGAGGAUGAAGGGACCUGAGUCGGGGCCCAAAGCUCUGGCAGCAGCUGGACCAGUAGCGCUGCUGGGAGUGACAGCAACCGGAGCUGCAAUGGGAGCCGUCACAGAGAAAAUAGCCUCAGCAAUAAGACUUAAACUGGACGUGAGGUCUUCUCUGUCUGCUCUGUCAUCUGUCAUCAUAAUGCCUGACACUCACUGA